AUGCUGCGACCGCAAUUCCUUCGCAACGCCCUGCGGCAAGCUUCUCCCCUGGCUUCCCGCGCCGCCGUGCGUCCCCUCUCCGUGACGGCGAGGCUGGACAAGGCCAAGGACCCCAACGAGGCCGCGACGACAGCCGGCGAGCCCGGCGAGUCGGGCGACCAGGAGGGCAAGUUUGCGCGUACUGACCGCAGCGUGCAAAUCGAGUACCCCGACGAGGACCACCUGCCGUCGAGCAGGCCGGUCCAGGGCCGCGCCGGCUGGCACUUCAGGCGCACGCUGGCGAGCUUCUCGCUCGAAGGCCGCACCGGCGUCGUCACGGGCGGUGCUCGCGGCCUGGGCCUUGUCAUGGCGCAGGCCCUGGUCAACAGCGGCGCUGAUGUCGCCCUCGUCGACCUCAACAAGGAGGAGGCUCAGCGGUCCGCCGAUGGCCUCAUGGAGACGUUCAGGAAGGAGAACCACCACACGGACAGGGUGCCCGAGGUGACAGCGCACUACUGCGACGUCGCCAGCCCGGACUCCGUCAACCAGUGCAUCGCCGAGAUCUUGGCCAAGCACGGCAAGAUCGACAACCUCGUCACCAGCGCCGGCUUCACAGAGAACUUCGACGCCAUCUCGUACCCGCACGACCGGAUGCAAAAGCUGUGGGGCGUCAACGUCGACGGCACGUACCUGUGGGCCGUGGGCGUGGCCAAGCACCUCAUGGAGCGCAAGUCGCCCGGCAGCAUCGUCAUGAUCGGCAGCAUGAGCGGCGCCAUCGUCAACGUCCCCCAACCGCAGGCGCCCUACAACGCCGCCAAGGCCGCUGUUCGGCACCUUGCGUCCAGCUUGGCGGUCGAGUGGGCGCACGCAAACAUUCGCGUUAACAGCAUUAGCCCCGGGUAUAUGCUUACGGCGCUCACGAAGAAGAUUCUCGACGACAACCCCGACCUCCGCAACAAGUGGACCUCGCUCAUCCCGCAGGGCAAGAUGGGCCAGCCCGAGGAUCUCAUGGGCGCCGUCACGUUCCUCUCCAGCGACGCUAGCAACUACGUCACGGGCGCCGAGCUGCGCGUCGAUGGCGGCUACACUGUCACUUAG